UUUUUUUUUAAUUAUUCUACUACAUUGAACAGCAUUCUAUUUAAAUCAAAUACAUAAAAUAAAAAUGGAACGUUCAGUGACCAUUGAUUUACCUGUAGAACAAGUUGCUAAAGUAGUAAAACGGCAUCUUGUUUAUCAUCAGACUUCUUCUGCUUCUUCAUCUUCUCUAAUUCCACCACGACCUUCUCGUAAACAGCGUAAACAACAACAAAAGCAACAACAACAACAAAAAAAUUAUAAAUUAAAAGAACAACAGCAACAACAACAAAAACAACCAACCUAUAAUACACAUCAUCUUUUACCAGGAGGUUCUAUUUUAGACGAAAUUUAUAAAUGGACAGCUCAUGUAGAAAAUAAACAACAAAAAAGAAAUAGAGCACAAAGUAUAUCAUUACCUGCCAUUCGAGAACCUAUUAUAGAUGCUUCAUUUCAAUCAUUAAAACAACCUGGAGGCUUUAGACGUCAUUAUGUAUUAAAUAAAGCAGCAAGACAAGGAAAAAGACUUCCCAAUUUUGUAACAUCUAGUUUUGUUGAAUUUUUAUGUUUAUAUGGACAUUUUGGUGGUGAAAAUCUGAGUGAUGCUGAUGAGUCUUCUUCUGAUUCAGAGUCUUCCUAUCAUUCAAGCGAAGAUGAAGCAAGUAGUGAAGAAGAUGUUCAUGAAGUGGAAGGUAGCAUUAUGGCAUACCGUGGACAACCUUUAAAGAAUUAUGUGUCUUAUGGCAGUACAGAUGAUCAAGAGUAUUCAUCUUUAUUACCAACGACAACCUCAAAGAAACCGUUAAUACCUUUACAAUAUGAACAACUAGAAAUAAGAGAAAGAAUGCCGUUAUUAUCAAGGUCACGUCCAGGUCAAACAUUACAAGGAAAGGCAACACCCGGAAAAGCGAUGUUUUUAUUAUUAAAAUCAUUUGUUACUACAGGAAUCAUGUUUUUACCAAAAGCGUUUUACAAUGGAGGCUUAGUUUUUUCCAUUUUUGCCAUCGUUGCUUGGGCUUUUAUAUCAUUAUGGUCAUUUUUAUUACUCGUUCAGACUCGAUUGAUUGUACCGGCUAGUUUUAGUGAUAUGGGAGGAGUCUUAUAUGGAUCAAAGAUGAGAAAGGCAGUAUUAGUAUCGAUUACUUUAUCACAAAUAGGAUUUGUAUGUGCUUAUAUGAUCUUUGUUGCAGAGAAUUUACAAGCAUUAGUUCUUACAUUUUCAAAAUGUCGAGUCUUAAUACCAAUGCAUCUUUUAAUAUUAGCCCAAAGCUUUGCAUUUAUUCCAUUAGCUAUGAUACGAAAGAUACAACGUUUAUCUAUAUUUGCAUUGAUUGCUGAUGUAUUCAUCGUGAUUGGAUUAAGUUAUUUAUUUUAUUAUGAUAUAAAAGAAUUAAUUGUGAUAGGUAUAGCUAAAGUAGAGAUGUGGAAUCCAGUUCAUUUCCCUUUAUUUAUUGGCACUGCUGCUUUUACAUUUGAGGGUAUUGGUUUAGUUAUCCCUAUUACAGAAUCUAUGAAGGAACCAAAGAAAUUCCCCAGCGUUCUUACAAAAACAUUAGUUAUUAUUACAUGUUUAUUUAUUUCAAUGGGAGCUCUUUCAUAUAUGACAUUUGGAGAUAAUAUGCAAACGAUUAUUUUAUUGAAUUUACCUAGUAAAGAUCCUAUGGUAUCCACUAUUCAAACCUUAUAUUCCUUUGCUAUAUGUUUAUCUAUCCCCCUUCAAUUAUUUCCUGCUAUUCGAAUUAUGGAAAAUGGACUAUUUACGACUAAAUCUGGAAAGAAUAAUGCAAUUGUUAAAUGGCAAAAGAAUGUAUUUCGAGUCUUUAUUGUCUUUUUAUGCGCAGGUAUAGGUAUUAUGGGUUCAAAGGAUAAGCUUGAUAAAUUUGUUUCCUUAAUUGGUGCCUUAUUCUGUAUUCCACUUUGCUUCAUUUUCCCUCCUUUAUUUCAUUUAAAAGCGUUAAAACUACCAACCAUUAGACGUUUAGCAAAUUAUAGUUUAAUUCUAUUUGGUGGUAUUUGCAUGAUAUUCGUCUUUUUCACAACAUUAACUCAAUGGAAUUCCUCUGAACCAACUGAUCCUGUCAAGCAAUGUAUUAUACAUAAAGUAUAAUGUUUUAAUAUACCAUCAACACUACUUGUGUAAAAAAAA